AUGGCGCGUUUCUUCAAACAUGAUUGGGGGUACACUUGGCUGCGUUUUGUGGCAUUUUUCACCACCAGCUCCAUGGAGUUUAAUAUCUCUCUGUUCUUGGUGACCAUCAUUCUCAUCCUCGGCUUCAUCUCAUACGCAGCGCAUGCUUUUGUCCUCUUCUGGCCCUGUCUGUUCCUCGCGUCGAUUUUAAUCUUAAGAACGCUGAACGAAUGACUAUGUAGUCUAAGCUUCUAGUACUAGGAUUUGCCUAAGCGACAAACGACUAUUCGCUUCGUUUGUUAUGGAAAUUUAAUGUGGAAUAACAAAACCAGAGGCAAAGAUGUAGAAAAUGAAAUGGAUGAACAGGUGCACGUUUGCCAUUGCCACGUAAGUUGUUAUUUCUUGUUAAUACAGAUGAAAGGGGGUCUAGGUCUUCAGCCCCUUCCUUGAUUAUUGAUGGGGAUGAACCCGAUGAUAAACAAAGGGAGUGUUUGUAGUCACUUCCUUCCUCAGUUCCGUGUCGCUGUUAGUUGAGUCAAAACCUGUGUGAGCAAUCAUCGUGACGAAACACUAUGACGCCGCGCGGCAGUCUGCGCUGAGUUCUGUGCGAGAUUAGUUGCGUUGUAUUGUAUUCACAUGUUCUAGCGCUAACCUCUUAUCUGCAGUUGAAUCCAGCGCUUUCCGCCCUCGAUACGAAUGAGUCUUUUGGGGACUUCUACGUUACGAAGGAGCGUCUAGGAUGUCCAGGUGGAAUCUCGCGUUCGGCGUUGGACACCAGUUGGGAGCCAGGGCCGCCAACGGGGAAAACUGGGGACCGUUCGUUUCGUCAUGUUUUCAUUGAGAAAAACACAAAUCGGCAAGUCUUUCUACGUGGCCUUAACGUUGGCGGGGGAACGAAAUUGCCACAAGGAUGGACCUCCGACAUGCCCUUGGAGGAGGACUUUCAGAAUGAAAAUGAAGAGCAAUCCUCUAGUAUCGCGCGCGGUCGAGGUGACCAGUCGCCAGUAAUAAUCUUAAGUUAAACUACAUAUGCACAAUGAAUAACUUCGUUCUUGUUGUUUGAACUAUUGUUCAUCUUCUUCACUUUGUUUGAACUGCGAUAAGUGCACGUAUGUUAUGUGAUUUACAACACGAUCACAAAAACGCGCGCCAAUGGGGACUUGUUGUUGUUCGAGAUGUAGAUGAUGAGUUUCUUAAAUUUAGUUCGGGAUUCAUUGUACUAUGAGGUAUAGGCACGUCUUUUGAUCUGCUGUUCUGUCGUCUUGCCAGGUCACUCAAAGACGAACAAAGAAAGACGAAAGGGAAACAAUUGGCAGCGCGUCCCUUAUAGCGGUUGGGUCUGAAGCGGAAUCAAGCGGCUCAGAUGGCUACGCAGGUGUGCGCGGGGGGGCAGCUAAUACCAACAAGGUCUGACUCUUGAUUGCUUUUUAUUACACGAGUGUUCAAAAUUGAAAUGUUGUUCUUGACGACACGGAGACGAGUUUGAAACAAAUAAGAUUCGUCAUGGAUCACUAUCUUUACUUGGACUCGAUAUGCGAAAAUUUUACUUAAGUAUACACUAGGUUCGCCCUGCUCAGGAGAGCAGACCGGGUGGUGCAGGUCGGCGGAAGUGUCCUUCGACCGCACCUUCAUUCGUUAACAGGCCCUUUCCUCUAGAGGAAGCAGAUGUACAUUUUUCGCGUUUGCUGGCAUAUGGUUUUACAUUUUUUCGACUGUGUAUUACAUGGGAAGCUGUUGAGCCAAUGGGCCCAGGAGAAUACGACCGCGACUACCUCAACUACCUAGAGGCUCUCCUCGCUAGCGCACGAGAGUACGGAAUAUCCGUCUUUAUAGAUUUUCACCAAGACGUGUGGAGUCGCUGGACUGGAGGUACGAGAUUACAGUAUCAGCCGUGACGUAACGAGUGUCGGAUAAGGAUACGAUAAAUGAUAGAAUUUCAGGUGUGUGUGCUAAUCUGCUAAGUGAUGGAACAAUGACGAUUUCAUCAAGAUUCAUGAUUGUCUCUAAUGUAUUCGCGUCCUUUAGUAUUCUUUUUUCGUAGGUUCCGGUGCACCUCGCUGGACGCUGGAGGUAAUAGGAUUCGACACAAACUUCUUUCGCGACACGUUAGCUGCUUGGCGACACUGCGAUGACGCCAAGAAUUACCCGAUGAUGUGUUGGGCCAAUAAUUAUCUGCAUUUGGCGUGUGCAACCAUGUUCACGCUUUUCUUCGGCGGCGAUGAUUUCGCGCCGAAUUUCCGCCUCAAUCGUAAGUGUUCCCGCUUGUAUUGCGGGGAUGCGCAGGAGCCUCUAGAUAUCAAACAAGGGCUGACAAUCAACAAAGAUGGAAAGCACGAAGCCGAAGCCUCGAAACACCAGCUAGACGGCGAAACCAGUACCAAGGGGAGCAAUAGCAAAGUUACUGAUGUCAACAUCCUUAUCGACGAAGCCUCUCGUGUAACAUCGAAAGCUUUUGCCGAGGGUGAAGACUUGCUAGGGUUCACAACCGCAGAGCAGACGGGAGACGAGGCUCCUGACCCUGGUACAGCGACGAGCCUGCAAAAUUCUAAAGUCGCUCUGGACACCGCCAGCAACUAUGAGGGGGAACACAUGGCAGUGAAUCUCGUGGAUGGUGAAGGUAAUUCCCCGAAGACUGCGAAGUUUCAGGGAGGCGUGCCACCAUCCUCCAUGCACAGUAUCAUUAUGAAAUACAAUGAAGAAGAUGACCAACAAGCUAGAGUUAGUCAAUAUCUGCAGUUCAGAAUUUUGGAAAAUGAAGGUCAAUAUCUUGUAGGGACUCCUUGGGGGUACGGACUGUAGACUUUAAAGAAUAUCGUGCAAGAACAAUGGACUUCACGUACAAAGUCGUAAAUUUAAUGCACAUGAUGCACAUCAGAGAUACAAUUAGAUCCACGAAACUCCAGCUUACUCAAUGUAGCUACUUCAAUAGAAGGAGAUGCAUGACAUGAAAACAGACCAACGAUAGUGCCAGUUAUCCUUUAUACGUGGGUUUCUAAUACAAGCAGUGAGGAUCUUCCGUACUACUUGCUGAACCCACCGGAGCAGGGAGGUGAUGCAGCAAGUCCACUCUUCGCGAGCAGCGACCUUGACGCAAAUUUUGUAACCGCCCAGCAAUUUCUUCAAGAUCACUACUUGGGCGCAGCGCGACAGGUGGCUGCCGCAGUGAAGCACUUGGAUAACGUUUUGGGAUUCGAUACCUUGAAUGAACCCGAUUACGGUUUUCUUGGCUACGAAGACAUUGGCGAGUGGCGGUCACUGGGUGGUGCAAAAACGCCAAGCGGCUUCGUCUUUUACGAUUGUUGUUGACUACAGGAAAACCAUAUUGAUAAAUAUUUCUUUGAUGAUGAUAGUUUUAGUUAUGUUCAAAAACUUUUUUGUUCUGGUUGUACCUGAUGGAUCGUGUUACGACACUGAAGAUACUGCUACAUCUAAAUCCGUUCGGCGUUCGAAGCCAUGGCGUUGGGUUCCGGUUGCUCCCUCCCAGUUGACUACUUUUCUGGGGUAAUGCAAUUUGCAAGGACCAUAGAGUUUGCCAAUCCGAGUAGAAAAACGUGCUGGCGUCAGGGAUAUGAAUGUACAGGAUGCUGAUCACGGUUAUUUCGAUUUCCAAUGAUGUUCCUACUUCUCAAAAUUUAAAUCGUGAUCGUACCAAGAUGAGUCUUUGUCUUGCCAUCUUCUAUUGGUGUAGAGGCUUCGCCGUGAUAUUUUCGCUGUACAACAUGGAUCAACUGGUCCAAAAAAGCACAGUUUCUGAGCAAAAUCACAACAUGUUUUAGUUAUAUAUAAGUAGUCGUUUCUUUCAACUCGAUUUUUCCUUUCCCCAGGUAUAUGGAAGCAGCAUGGAAUUUACGAUCUUUCGCCGGUGAACCAGAGUCCAGUGUUGAAGAAGCCUAGUCAUUUUUCGCGCAAUCCGCGAUCAGGAGAUCCAGUAGACGUACACGCAGAUUACAUGAUUCCAUUUUGGGAUAAGUUUGCCCAAGCGAUUCGAGACGAGAUGGGCAGUGACAUUUUUGUCUUCUGCUCACCGUUUCCAUGCCCGACCGACCAGAAAACCAUGUGCUAUUCCGAGGUGACAGCGCACAGUCUUCGCAAACAUCCGAAUUUGGAGCGAAAAGCCGUUUUCUCGCCGCACUACUAUGAGGGCUGGCAAUUGAUGUACCACAAGUGGCGCCCCUACAUCUGCAUCAACUCCAGCGCCCUUAUCCGCCUGACAGUGGAACAGGCUGCCAUCGAGGGCGACGCAAGAAUUCUGAAGAAACGUGACGAAGAUCUUCAAGAAGGCCACGAGCCGUCGAGUUCAGUGGAAAUCCAAGAGAAGGGCAGCAAGUCGUGCGGCAGGUGGUGCCGAAGAGCAUGCAAUGUGAUUAGGAACCUUCCUGUCUACAUCGGAACGCAAGCACAGUGCGCGCGCCAAGUAGGGCGAGAUAUCGCGCUAGCAGCAUCUCACGGCAAAAAGUUAGGGCCGGCGGUAAUCGGCGAAAUUGGGAUCUCGAUGAACAUAGAGGGCGAGGCGAACCUCUCACGCUGCUUCGAUCGCCAGAUGCGAGGUUUAGAACACUCCGGAGUCUCCGGCUACACCUUGUGGCACUAUUGUCCCGAUGCAACCAUCAACAACGAUGGCUGGAACAAGGAGCACCUCUCAAUUUUCACCAAUGACCUGGUAUUCCUAUUACAACUAGUUCAGCUCGUCAACUACCCCUAAAAAUAAGAAUGAUUGUCAAAUAGAUUGUUCAAUUAUAAUGCAUCUUGUUUCAUCCAUGUGGCACGACCGUGUUGAGCAACAAGCGUCCGAUCCCAAACGAACUACAUUCACCUCAGGUCUUUCCGAACGCAACGCCCUUUCUAGGAGGUCGGGCUUUACCAGCGAUCAUUCGGCCGAGUCCUUUCCUAGUUGCAGGGCGCAUUCGAAAAUUCAGCUUUGACGCUCUUUCGCACAAACGUAUGUUUGAGCUCGAAUACGAAGAAGUGGCCACAUGCCGCACGAAUCAGACAAUCCUCUUCGUCCCCUACUAUCUUAUGACAACUUGUUUGUAGCAGGAGUGGAAUUUUUGAUUUUUGAUUUUCGUUGUUGUAGUGGAUACGCUAAUACUUCGAUCGAGUCGUACGUCGUGUUGGCGGGACAGACAACUCUUCUUGUUAAUGCAAUGGAGUGGUUGGUUUGGCUUUGUACUCAGCUGUGCGAGAACUUGAUUCGAAGAUGGAAGAUACACUUUCGUCUAGUUCCACAUGCAUGAGUAGUAGUUAACAUGAUUAGUUAAUAUGAUCCCACUCUAACUUGGAGUAUUCAGAAGAAGGUGUGCGGACGCGUUGUUCAGAUGGGCAAUUCAUUGAAACGAAUCUGUUGAGCCAAAAGUUUACGUACGUGCACGACACGGGCAUCGCGCCCAACGCAGAGGGGAAAAGAGUACACAAGAUUCAAAUCUGGCUGGAAGGCGGCAGAAGGAGCGGCUGCUGUCCAUGCCUACCAUCGAGUUUUGAGCAUGCGGGGGUUUGA